AUGUCAAGACUUGAAAUCUACUCUCCAGAGGGUUUGCGACUAGAUGGUCGUCGUUGGAACGAAUUGAGAAGGUUUGAAAGCUCAAUAAAUACGCAUCCCGAUGCUGCGGACGGCUCAUCGUAUCUUGAACAAGGAAAUAACAAAAUCAUUACACUGGUAACGGGACCACAAGAACCCAGGUUACGUUCACAGGCAAGUUUCAGUCAUGCGUCAGUUUCCGUCAAUUUGAAUAUCACCAAAUUUUCCAGAAUGGAGAGAAGUAAGGCUAGUCAUAGAAACGAAAGAAGAGUUCUCGAAAUGCAGACGGCACUUGUGCGAACUUUCGAGAAAAACGUGAUGUUACAUUUGUAUCCUCGUACAUCUAUCGAUAUCCAGGUUCAUGUGCUUCAACAAGACGGUGGUCUCAUGAGCAGCUUGAUUAACGGCAUCACGCUAGCUUUAAUAGAUGCCGGAAUUGCCAUGUACGACUACAUUAGCAGUGUUUCCGUCGGGCUGUACGAUACCACGCCGCUUCUAGAUAUGAACUCAUUGGAAGAAAAUGCUAUGAGCAGUGUUACGCUAGCAGUCGUUGGGAAAUCUGAAAAGCUUUCUUUACUUCUUGUCGAGGACAAAAUUCCACUGGAUAGAUUUGAAAGCGUCCUUGCUAUUGGAAUUGCCGGUGCACAUAGAGUCAGAGAACUCAUGGAUAAAGAGUUAAGAAGGCAUGGUCAAAAAAGACUAGCUAAUGCAUCUAAAUAA